AUGUGUGUGUGUGUAACCGUUGAAUCACAGUUACUGUAAAAGAGAGAGACAGUAUUUAAGUUACUAAUGUAGCGUUUGCACCCUUUAACAGGUUUAUGACAGCGAGCUGAAGCUAGUGAACUUUGUGUGACUUAACCGUCUGCCGGUGGAAAUGAUCGCGUAAUUUAAGUGUUUGUGAUGGCAGAGCUCCCGUCUGGACUGCUGGAGGCAUGUGUAGUGGUCGGUGCCCCCAGUGAUAAGCUUCGAGACAUAUACCAGCUUCAUCAGCAGAGUAGGUUAAAUGAGCUCCCCCCGCUGGAAGCUGAGGUGCUGCAGGUCCAUGCCCCACCCUUUGUUUCCAAGGAGACCAAUUCCAGCCAGUCGAUUGGUCCAUCUUUCAGUCGUGUCCAGAGGAGGAAGAGCUUCAUCAAGAAGAAGCGGAGAGAUCGUCCUGCAGAGGUUUUGCCUAAUGGAGAAACAACAGAGGACAUCAGUGUUCCAAAGGAUCUGGACCUCAUUGCCUUGCCACAGCUCUGUUUCCCUGGUGGUCUCCAGUUAGCCAACGAGCAGAGAGAAGACACUUAUCACUUCCUGGUUUUCACUGACCUUUUUGGGAACCGAACCCAUGGAGUUGUCCUGCAGUAUUACAGAGCUGUACAGUCCUGUCAGGAAGGUGCUGUCAAGAAUGGCUACAGAGGGAAUUCAUCAAAGUCCCGUCUCUUUGCUCCGUUUGCUGUGUGCAUCAUCUCCAAGUUCCCGUAUUACAAUGCUCUGAGGGACAGCUUGUCAUGUCUGGUGGUCCAGUUGCGGCCUGCAAGGCAAGCUGACUUUGAAGAGACAGUAAAAGAAUUUUCAGCCAAGCUGUCCCUGGUCCCUUUGCCCCCUCCUGGACAGCUACACGUGUCCUUCAGCCUCCGUCCCCUCCAAGUGGUUCUUCCAUCAAGAGAGGAUCAGGACAGCCCUGUCAUUGACAUCGACCUGCAUCUACCUUUCCUCUGUUUCACGCACAAAAUGCUGCUCCAGGUGCUGUCCUGCAUCCUUCAAGAGCAGAGGCUGGUUUUCUUCUCUGCUGACUGGGCCAGACUCACUCUGGUUGCAGAGAGUUUGCUGUUGUACCUGCAGCCUCUGUCCUGGCAGCAGCCCUAUGUUCCUGUCUUGGCUCGAGGAAUGCUGGACUUUCUCAUGGCUCCUACAGCCUUCAUGAUGGGCUGUCACAUCAGUCAUUUUGAAGAGGUGGCUGCAGAGACAGAGGAACUAAUCUUGGUGAAUAUUGAUGAUGGCAUCAUUCAGUCGUCAUGGUCUGAAUCCAUUGACCUUCCAGCUAUCCCUCAGGCUGCAGCUGAGAGCUUUUUGUCAAGGGCAGAGUGUCUCCAGCUUCACUAUGACUUGGAGCUGUGUCACCUCGGAGCGGGAACUGAUGUCAAUACCCUGCGAUGCCAACGCAGAGGCUGGCAGACACGUCUCAACACGCAGAUACAGAAUAUUGCCCUGGAACUUGUCGUCAACCUCUUUAGAGGCGUCCAGGACUUUCUGAAUCAUGAACACAGAGUUUUUAACAGUGAGGAGUUUCUCAGGACCAGGGAGCCAGCAGACCAGUCCUUUUACCAGAAGGUAUUAGAAACUCACAUCUUCCACUCAUUCUUGCGAGACAGGCUGAACAGGAAACGGGACACCUUCACCCGCAUGGAGCAGAACACACGUAGCCAUGCACACAGGUUUCGUGCGAUGACAGAGUCUCCUCGGCGUCCUCCCAUGUCUGAACUGUCCAGGACUGGCUACAGUAGCUGCACCAACCCUAAUGACAGACUGAGCAAGAGGCUGGGAGCCAGCCUGCCUAACCUGGAUCAACCUGCCAACUACACUACGACUGCCAUCAGCUCCAACAGAUCAGCCUCUCUCAGGAAGAUGACUCCUGAUAUUGGGUUGAAGUUUCCUCAGAGGGAAGUGAAGGUUUUCCACCUCCCAGAUUUCCCCCCUCCGCUGGCCUAUCAGUAUGUCCAGAACUAUUAUUCAAACAUGGUUGCUUCCCUGGGGAGGGCUAUUAACAUGACACCACCCGAAGAGUCUGCCCUGCUGGCCAGGUACCACUACCUGCGUGGUUUGGUGAACACGGUGUCCAACAGACGUCUGGAUGCACUGGAGGACUUCCAGAGUCUUUAUAAGACUGACUCAGAUAUCUUCCCUUCUCAGAUGGUUAAGACACUGGUUGACUCUCUGCCAGAAGCUGAGCGGUUACAGGCGCACAAACGGCCAGAACUGAAGCGGCUCAUCAGCCGGGUCAAGAGGGACCAGGAACGGGAGCUCGCGCGCCACAGCAACGGGCAAGAGGAAGGUGCCGUGAAGCGCUUCCAGCUGCCGAAAAAAUACAUGCAGCUGGAGGAGUUUGUGAAAUGUAUCCAAGAGUCCGGCAUCGCAAAAGACCAAGGAACCAUACAUAGACUCUUUGAUGCUCUAACUCUAGGUCAUCAGAAGCAGGUUGAUCCAGAUUUGUUCAGAGUCUUCUACACCAUCUGGAAGGAGACUGAGGCCGAGGCGCAGGAGGUAUGCUUGCCGCCGUCUGUCUUGGAUCACAUUGAUCCCAGCGAGUGCGUCUUCAAGCUGUCCUCCUCUGUCAAGACGAGCCGCGGCGUGGGGAAGAUCGCCAUGACUCAGCGACGGCUCUUCUUGCUGACCGAUGGGCGACCGGGAUACGUGGAGGUGGCACAGUACCGAGACUUGGAGGAGGUGAAAGUAUCCUCGGCUCCCUUCCUGCUCCUGCGGAUCCCCAGCCUGAAGCUCCGUGUUCGGGGCAGGAAGGAGGCGUUCGAGGCCAAUUUGAAGACGGAGACUGAGCUGUGGAACCUGAUGGUCAAAGAGAUGUGGGCCGGGCGCAACAUAGCUGACCAACACAAGGAUCCCCAGUACAUGCAGCAGGCUCUGACCAAUGCCUUGUUGAUGGACGCAGUAGUGGGCAGCCUUCAGAGCAGUAAGGCCAUCUAUGCUGCUUCGAAGCUGGGUCACUUUGACCGCAUCAAGAUGGAAGUGCCGAUGAUGGUUCCCAAGACGACCGCGGAGACGCUGAAGCACAAAAUUAACCCCUCGCUGGAACUUGCUGCACCUCAGGCUGUGGAUGUCCUUCUAUACACACCAGGUCAGUUAUGGGUGUCUGUGAGAGGGGGGAAGGUGAUGGUGUUUGAUGCCUCCAGCUGGUCCCUCACACACACUUGUCACGUUGGGAAUGCACAACUGAACUGUAUGCUGGCAGUUGAUAAGGACCAGGUCUGGAUGGGCUCUGAGGACUCCGUUAUCUACAUCAUCAGCAUGGUGGCCAUGGUCUGUAACAGACAGCUAACUGAACACAGGGCGGAGGUCACCGGACUGGCACUUGACACAGACAAAUACAGCCAGAAGGUGGCGUACUCCUGCAGUGCAGAGGGAACUGUCAUGGUGUGGGACGUCCCGACACUGCAGGUGAAGAGGCACUUUCGCCUCUCCUGCGACCGCCUGCAGUCUAUCUCCAGCUGUAACGGAGUGCUGUGGUGCUGCUCCAGGGACAGUAUAAUGGAGGUGUGGAGGAACGGCACAGUGAAACAUCAGCUGAACCUGCCAGAGCAACAAAAAGGAUCUGCAGCUACAUUCAGCUCUGUGCUGCUCCUCCUUGAGAGGGCUGAGCUGUGGAGUGUUUGUGUGGACUCAGGAGAAGUGUGUAUUUGGCACAUUAAGGACACCAGCAAACCGUUUCACCGCGUGACUCUACAGGACUGCACCAGAUGUUACUGCAUGAUCAAAGUUAAAAACCAGGUGUGGGUUGGCGGUGUUGGCCGCAGCGCUACCAAAGGGAAGAUUUACAUCCUGGAUGCAGAACGGUACCAGGUCCUGAAGGAGCUUCAGGGCCACAGCGACAAGGUGACUGCGCUCUGCUCCGCUGAGGAUCGGUACAUCCUCAGUGGAGCUGGCAAACACGACGGAAAGAUCGCCAUCUGGAAGGUGGAGUAGAGCGGUUGACUGUCUGGAAGUGGACAAAUCUUCAAAGUUAGAGCCUGAGUUCUUCAUGCCCUCACUCUUAAAACAGUUCUGACUUCCUGUGAACUGACCCCAGGUGGAGAAUCUGUGGGAAAAGCAUUUGUGUUUGCAAAGGGAGGGGGAUAGAAAUCACAACCUCAACUUGCCUGGUGCCUUUUGCACGUCAAACAUAUGAAGGAAUCACGUGUGAUGUAUCAUGUGACGCACAAGUUUACAUAAAGUGUCACCAGCUGAGCAGCUUCUCCUGCCUGCUAUGAAGUGGUGAUUUGAAAUACUAACAGUACUAAAGUUUUAUUUUUGUUGUUUUUUUGGGUGCAUAUGAAGGACAAGACUGGAAAAAGUUGGCGCAGGUUCUGCUGGAUCGUUUUUAUUAAUCCAAAGUGCUUCACUUUACUGAAGGUUUAUACAUUUUUAUUUUUGUUUGUACCAAAUCCUUAUUUAAUGCUGUGUUUUAUAUUACAUUAGGUUACACUAAUAUCAUGUGGGAACAUUGUGUGACUGAGCCUCGCCUCCAACUGAGUUUUUGACGUGAGUUUUUGCAGCUCAAAGGAGUCAAACUACCCUGAAAACACAACUCCUGAGAUUGGAGAUUUCACUAUCCCUGUGGGAAAAAGCCCUGAAAAAUAGUUCAUUUUGAUGGAAGUUAUGCUCUGACAGACGAUGUACAGUGAAGAGUGACGGGGAAUGGGAAUGAAAGGUGAUACAAACUUGGAAGCUUUAGUCCUGCAACAACUGGAAUCUGCUAAAAACACACGAAAUAAGGACUAACCAUCACGUGGUUUUGCUCUUGUUGUGCUUCUUGAUCAAAUACUUACCUCAUUGUUAGACAAAGUUUCUACUUUUUUUCCCCCCCUCUAUUUAUUUCCCUAUAAGAUUAGUUGUAUCUGUUACCAGUUAGUCAGUUUGAAGUGAAGGCAUAAUAUUUUUCCACACACUGACAGAAUGUGUGAAAGUCCUACUCAUUAAAAAAAGCAACCACUUCCUGGCUUAUAAUUUAUCAUUUUAAUUCAAAAGACUGGGUUGGAAAUUAAAUCUCGUAUAUAAAAAUAUAUAAACUGUAGGCAUUUGUGUUCUGAUUGUUUUAUAUGGAUUGCUAACAAGUUAUUAUAAUAGUAUUAAGUAAGUGAAGGGGACAGACUAAAGUUUUCUUAUGUUUCUAUCUUUCACAAUUUUCCUACAAAAAGUGAAACUGUCUGGGACUCUUGAACAAUCAGAAUUUAGAUGUAGACAAACAUUACGUUUUAUUUAUGUAUGUAUAUUAUAUACACUGUAUGUAACUAGUUAACAUGAACAUAAAAUAUAUUCCUUUUGUAAACUGACCAACUGACAAUGCAACUGUAACUGUUGAUGUAUUUUGUAUCUGCAAGACUGUUAACAAGAUUUUCUAAUAUUUAACCAGCCGUGAGCAAAGCAAAUACACCCUUUAUAAAAGGAA